AUGGACGGCGCUGCUCCUCAAAGAGGCUGGGAGGCCUUCGUGUGUGACGAGGGAGGGGGACGGCCCCCGGGAGCAGGAAAUGGGGAGCACAAGGCAGAGGGGCUUGAAAUGACGCUGGACGCUGACCAAAGGCGGCUGCAGAACUCUGCGGCGGAGCUGACGGUGAAAGCACCUGGGCCCAGCCCGCUGCUGGGGGUGAGUUCAGGGUCAAGGCCGGCUCUCGGGGGGACAGCAGCAGCACCCAAGGAGGCGCGGGCCUGCAGGCACUGCCUGCCCCCUGCCCGCGCCCCCAUCUGGGUGGGACGGUCCUCGGCCCAUGCCGAGUGUCUCCAAAGGGGGUCCCGGGUGAAGCUGGGAGGCCGGCAGGCGGCUCCUGGGGACGUUCAGCCCUGGUGGGCUUGUCUGGGCUCUGAGUGCCAUGCGGCCGGCCUGGUGUUCUCUGGGUCUCCGGGGGCAGGGCCCGCCCGCAGCACCUACCCCGAGGGGGUGGGUCUGGACUGUGCAGGCCUGCUCCUCAGCGUGCAGUUUUGUCUCCAGGAAGCGGCUCAGAAGUGUCUCUCUGUGCAUCCCACUCUGCCCAGGGACCUCCCGCCGCCCUGCUCUGGGCUCGGGGCGCAGCUCCGCCUGCCCGUCAUCAGGGAGCAGCAAGGCUCCACGAGAAGACGGGCUCCCUGGCCGGAGCUCCUGGCCUUGCCCUCGUCCACCCUCUGCGUGGCUAGGCAGGGCCGUUCCUCCUCUCCUCAGUCCCUGAGGGCCCUCCAGCUGGAAGCAGACGUAGGCUCGCGCCCCCGACGGAGUCUGCUCCGGGUGACUGUGCUGUUCGUGGAGGAGGCCCUGCCCGGGGAGGUGCUCAGGAGCCCGCCAGGCAAGGCGGAGGCACGCUCGCCUCUCAGGCCAGCCCGGCAUGCCGAGCCCUUGGCACUGAGGCCGCUGCCAGCCAUGGAGGGCCCAGCGGAGCCGGCCCCGAGGGAGAAGAGGCCCUCAGGGGGCAGUGGUGACCGCGGGGUCCGGGAAGUGGCCAAGAGCACAUCCGUCAUCUGGGAGCAACCGUGGCCCGAGGGGGCCAAGGCCACCGUCCGAGGCGGUAAGUGCACCGUGCAGGUCCACCCCCACCCACCCCGGGACGGAGCCGGCGUCCGCACCGUUUGCGGGCCGGGGUCUGGCGGGGGCGGGGGAGCACCCCACGGCACUCUGCCCACCUUGAUCUGCCCGGCGCUUCCAGACCUGACCUUGCAGCUGCUGGCGGUACGGCGGAAGAGCGGGCUGCCCGACCUCAACCUGCAACAGGCCCUGCGGGGCCGGCUCCGUCUGCUGGAGAAUGAAAGCUGCGAGGUGGCCCGCGCCCUGGGGGAGCUGUCGGCCAGGCUGCUGUCCAUCCACAGUGACCAGGAUCGGAUGGUGGUGACGUUCAAGACGUUUGAAGAAAUCUGGAAGUUUUCCACCUACCACGCUCUCGGCUUCACUCAUCACUGCCUGGAGAACCUGCUCAUGGACCAGGCCUUCUGGCUGCUCGAGCCCGACGAGGACCAGGAGACAGCCGUCCGAGUCCAGGUGGAUGAGGACGCCUUGAGGCUGGCGUACGAGAGCCUCCUCGUCCAGGAAGGGCCUUUCUUCAUCUUGUGUCCCGACCAUCAUGUGAGAGUGAAGAACGGCCCUCAGCCCUUCAGGCGGCCUCUGAGCAGUCCUCAGGCAGACAUGGCCGCGGCAGUGGACUCUUCAGACCCGAGUGCUGGCACAUCCUCGGAGGAGGCGGGGGCAGCGGCAGCCACUCCGGAGCCGUUGAUUCCGUUCCAUCAGUGGGCUCUCAGGGUCCCCAAGGACUCCAUCAAUGACCCCCUGGGUGGACCCCUGGCGCCGGACGUCCAGCUGAUGGCCGUAGGCCCAGCCUUGGCUGUAGCGGACUGCCAGGGCUCAGGACCUGAAGAGAUGACCUUCCGAAGCGGCGACCGGAUCGAGAUCCUGGGCGCCCAGGUGCCCGGCCUGCCCUGGUGCCUGGGCCGGCACGCAGCCUCCGGCCAGGUCGGAUUUGUGCGGACGAGCCUCAUCAGUGUGCAGGGCCAGGCGUCUGACUUGGAAAAUGUGAUUUUUCUCAGUGAAGAAGAAAGGUCUUUCUUUAGCCGUGAAGGGCGCUUUUCUGAGGAGGAGGCCAGGCAGCUGCUGAGAAGGACGGCCAGCACGAAUGUCUGCACGGUGUACAGCCUGGACACGUCAGAAGAAGCUGAGACGCGGCAGCAGCAGGAGGAACGAGAAAUGUCCCCACCUUGCCUGAACCCAGAGCCACGGGAGAUCCUGCAGAAGGUGAAGAAUGUUCUAGAACAAUGCAAGUCCUGCCAGGGAUGCCCCGAGGGACCAGGGUCCCCCGGUGUCCACAGAGCAUCCAGUGGUGCAAGCCUGCCAGACACCGAGGAACCCUCCUUCUGCCUGGACGCGGGAGAUGACUGGGCCGACCCCGAGGCCCUGGGCUCCCGGCUCCUGUUCCUGGAUGCGCUCGGAUUCCAGGCCGGUUUCCAGGGCCUGUACGACCUCUCCCCGCCCACGCUGAGCGGCGUGUUCGGCGGCUUCACCGAUGAGGAGGAGCUGGUCAGGUGGCUGGCCGAGGCCCGCGGGGUGGCCAAAAAGGCCGGGCUGCCCAUGGCCCUGGCUAGGCUCUGCUUCCUGCUGGGACGGCUGUGCGUGCGGCAGCUGAAGCUGUCCCAGGCCCGCGUGUACUUCGAGGAAGCCCUGGGCGUGCUUGGGGGCCGCUUCGGGGACCUGGUCCUGGUGGCAGCCGUGUACACCUGCCUGGCCUCUGUCCACCUGCGGCAGAAGAACAAGGAGAAGUGCGCACAGGUGGUGCCCAAGGCCUUGGCCCUGCUCCUGGGGACGCCCGGCCAUGUUGGCAGCUCCGAGGCCGAAUCCGGCCUCCUGACCCUGGCUCUGCGGAGGGCCAUCGGCGGCCGCAGCCCGCAAGCUGAGGCCCGGGCCUGCUUCUUGCUGGCCAAGCACCAUGCCCGCCUCAAGCAGCCGGAGGAGGCCCUGCCCUUCCUGGAGAGGCUGCUGCUGCUGCUCCCCGGGGCGGCGGGGACCCUGGGCACCUCCUGGCCCACGGACUGCUACCUGCUGCUGGCGGGAAUCUACAGCCAAAGGUGCCUGCCGCACCUGGCGCUGAGCUGCGUCAGGGUGGCCUCGCUGCGGGCACGGGGCUCGCUGGGCAGCGCGCUCCGGAGCACGGCCCUGGUCCUGCAGAACAGCCCGCGACUCCCCGUGCUGCCUGCCCAGCUCACUCACUACCUCCGGCAGGCGCUGGCCUCCCCGGCCUCCGGCUCUGGGCGGGCCCUGCACGGCCCCAUCUACGCCAGCCUGGCCCAGCUGUACAGCCAGCACGGGUGGCAGGGCAGGGCCAUUGCCUUCAUGACGCAGGCCGUGGAGACAGAUGCCCGGCUGGGCGGCCGCGCCGUCGUGGACCAUGUGGUGGCCCUGGCCUGGCUGCACGUCCUUCACGGGCAGAGCCCAGCAGCCCUGGACAUCCUGGAGUCCGUCCUGGAGGCGGCGGCGGCCACCCCGGACCAGGAGGGCCUGAUCGCCAACAUGACAGCCAUCGCCCUGAAGAGGACCGGCAGGACCCGGCAGGCGGCCGAGGGCUACUACCGCGCCCUGAGGGUGGCCCGGCGCCUGGGCCGCCCGCGGAACGAGGCGGUGGUCCUGGCCAACUUCGGGGCCCUGUGUCUGCAGGCCGGCGCCAGCGGGCUGGCGCAGCACUACCUCCUGGAGGCCGUGAAGCUGUUUUCGCGGCUGCCCAGCAGGGAGGGCGGCCCGGACUUCACCCGGGUGCUGCUGCGGCUGGGGGACCUGUGCAUCCACAGGGCGCUCGCCCGGCAAGCCAAGUGCUACUACGAGUGGGCCUUUCUGGUUGCCGUGGAGAUGGACCACUGGGAGAGCCAGCUGCUCGCCGUCCGGCGGCUCUGUCACUUCUACAGCGCGGUCGUGCCCAACGAGGCCCGGUGCGUCGUCUACCACGAGUUCCAGCUCUCGCUGGCCCGCAGGGCGAACGACAAGGGGCUGGAGGGGCAGCUCCUGGAGACCAUAAGCCAGCUCUACCUGGCCCUGGGCACCGAGCGGGCCUACAGGUCCGCCCUGGAAUACACGAAGCGCAGCCUGGGUGUCUUCAUCGACCUUCUGAAGAGGGACAAGGAGGCGCAGGCUUGGCUGCAGGCGGGGAAGAUCUACUACGCGCUGCGGCAGGGCGAGCUGGUGGACCUGUACAUCCAGGCGGCGCAGAACGCCGCGCUGUACACGGGGGACCCCGGCCUGGGGCUGCGGCUCUUCGAGGAGGCCGGAGACAUCUUCUUCAACGGGACGUGGGAGCGCGAGAAAGCGGUGUCCUUCUACCGGGACCGGGCGCUGCCCCUGGCGGUGUCCACGGGGAGCCAGGAGGCCGAGCUGCGGCUCUGCAACAAGCUGUCCGCGCUGCUGGCUGAGAUGGAGACGCCCCAGGAGGGCCUGGAGUUCGCCCACACGGCCCUGGCGCUCAGCCUCACCCUGGGGGACCAGCUGAACCAGCGGGUGGCCUGCCACCGGCUGGCCGCCCUGCACCGCCGGCUGGGCCACGGCGAGCUGGCCGAGCACUUUUACCUCAAGGCGCUGGCGCUCUGCACCUCGCCACUGGAAUUCGACGAGGAGACCCUCUACUACGUGAAGGUGUACCUGGCGCUUGGCGACAUCAUCUUCUACGACCUCAAGGACCCGCUGGACGCGGCCGGGUACUACCAGCUGGCGCUGGCGGCGGCCGUGGACCUGGGCAACAAGCGGGCCCAGAUGAAGCUCUGCACACGCCUGGCCACCAUCUACCACCACUCGCUCCUCGACCGCGAGAUGUCCCUCUUCUUCUACCAGAAGGCGCGGACCUUCGCCACCGAGCUUCGCGUCCGCCGGGGCCCCCUGGUCCCCGGGCCCCCGUCCUGA